UUUAAAAUGGCGGUUCCAACGUCUGCUUUGAAAUCGUAUGCAUGAUCUGCCGCCCUUAGUUUAAAAAUAACACCACGGACAUCAUGUUUUUGAGAGGAAUGUAUGUACUACAUAAAUAAAACAGCCUGAUUUGAAUAAAAAAUGGAUUCGGUGGUCGGGGAGGAUCAAACGCUGCCGUUUGACAUCAAUCUGAGUAUUUCCAGACUUCCUGAGUCUCUGAACAGCAGCAACUUCAACAUGGACAACAUGACAGCUUCACUGUUUCCAGGACAGAGGAUGUCUCCAGCCAAAGCUCUGACCAUGAAGGAAUAUGAGAACCAAAUCACCGUUCUGAAAAAAGAAAACUUUAACCUGAAGCUCAGGAUCUAUUUCCUGGAAGAGCGUGUGCAGCAGAAAUGUGAUGAUUCCACAGAGGACAUUUACAAAACGAACAUUGAACUAAAGGUGGAGGUGGAGUCAAUGAAAAGAGAUCUGGCUGAGAAACAGGAACUGCUUGUGUCUGCAUCAAAAGCGUUGGAGAGUUUAGCCAAUCGAGGUGUUGAUGAUGGCCGAGAGCAAAUGCGGAGAGAAAUGGACUCGCUCAGAGAAGCUUUCAACGUUCGGAUUCAAGAACUGGAGGAGUCUCUGCAAUCCGCUAAAGAGGAAUUGGAAAACAUGGCCAUCAUUGCUGAAAAGGAGAAGCUGAAGAAUCUCGGAUUGGAGAAAGAACUACAAGCCGCCAACCAAUCAGGACCUCCAGCUGGCUCAGGCUCCGCCCCUGAGCAGGUCAGAGAGCUCCAGCAGGCUCUUCAAGAGAAGGAGAGUGUUAUUCACCAAAUGCAAGUGUCACUCAAAGAUCAAGAUGCUUUGAUUGGAGAGCUUCGGAGGAAUGGUCCAGACCAACCAAUAACUGAGCAGAUGGCCAAGUUAAACUCUCUGGUUGGCCAAAAGGACAGACAACUACAGACUCUUAGGGAAGAACUAGGUUGUGAAAGAGGAAAUUCAGAACGAGACAAACAGGUGUGUGUAGAAAAGCAGAAUGAAUUGAGCAGAUUGGAGCAGAAGACCAGACAGCUUAUUGAAGAGCUCAACAUGUCCAAGAGCAGCAACCAGAUGCUCAAACACACGCUAGAAGAGACUGAAAAAGACAAGAACGCACUUUCUGAUGAGCUGCAGGAGAGAGAGAUGGAAAUGGAGGCAGAGAAGAAGAACUCUCUGAAACGAGAUAAAACCAUCCAGGGCCUCAGUCUGGUUCUGAAGGAGAAGGAGAAAGAGAUUGAGGACUUGUCUCAUGAUCUUGAGGACAGGGAUCAGGCUCUAGUCAAAGCUCGAGAGGCCCUUCAUAAAGCCAAAUUACAGAAAUAUCAGGCAUCUGAAGAUCAGCAGUCUUUUCUCCUGGAGCAGCAGGCUGAAUUGUCGCGGCUCCAGAUGGAGGCUCACACGUUGCAGCUGGAUGUCCAGCGGUUGCAGCGUGUGCUGGGCAGCAGGGAUUCCGAGCUCUCCCUCCUUCAGCAGGCCAAACUACAGCUGGAGCAGGAGCUAGAACAACUACAACAGCAGAAGAAGAAAGGAGACAAGACUAUUAAUGAUUUGCAGAACCAGUUAAAGAAGCUGAACGGUGCUCUGACUGACAGAGAGAACACUCUAGAACAGCAGCGUCUAGAACAGCAGGAACAGAACCGUGCUUCUGAGCAAAAACUACAGAACACCAUAGACCGUCUCACAGCGAACCUGAAUCAUAAAGACCAGCAGCUACAGGACUAUAUGAAUAUGGUGAGAGAUCUGGAGAAGAAUAGGACUCAGGAUGGAGGUGACGUCAUGGUGGCUAAACUGAGAGCACGGCUGAAGGAGAAAGAGAAAGCUCUCGAGAAAGCACUGGAUGAUAAGUUUGCUGCUGUGGAGGAGAAAGAAAAUGAGAUCCAUUUGUUACAGCUGAGUGUGAGAGAGAAAGAGAGAGAUGUGGAACACCUCAACAACCUGCUCUCACACAACGAAGAGACCAUUACUAGUUUUGAUGCUCUAAUAAAGGAGAGAGAUCUUGAGCUGCAGCAGCUGUUGAACACCUUGAAGAAUCUUCAGAGGUGUAAAAAUGAGACUGAAGAGAACCUACAGCGAGCUCUGAGAGAGAAAGACUCUAUUAUACAACACUUACAACAAGCACUGGACAACAAAUCAAAAGACAUGGAGGAGAUGUCCAAUAUGGUUCUAAGCCAAUCAGAAUCUCAGGGUCGGGACCUGGCAGAGCAGAUGAGCCAGAGAUUAAAGGUCACAGAGGUCAUGCUUUCAGAGGCGGUGAAAGACAGAGAAAGGCUGGUGACUGAGAACCAGACCGCUGUGGAAAAUCUGCUGUCCACAAUCAGCAGCAAAGACCAGCUACUGAGGGCAAGUGCAGAGCGUCACACACAGGCUUCAAGCAAUCACACUUUUGAACUACAGGAUCUGCGCAGGCAGCUGGCAGAAGUGCAGAUGCAGCUUGGAAAAUCACAGAGACUGAGUAGCACGUUGACACAAGAGGGUCACCUAGAGACUGCUGAACUCCGUGCCAUGUUGGCGGAGAAGGACGCUCUCAUUAAUAAACUGUUGGAACGUGGGCAGGAGAAAGAUCACAUCCUGUUGGAAAUGAGAACAGGUGAAGCUCCGGCACCUCAGGUGCUGGAACUGAGACAGACAAUUCAGGUGCUGCAGGAUAAACUUGAGGAAAGGGAAGCUGAGCUGAGCACGAGAAACAGUGAGGAAACUAUGGAUAAAUCUCCAGUCAAUACGAAAUCUGCUGUGGUUUUGAAGAAAGAGCUCGCCCAGAAAACAGAAGCUCUGAAUGCAGCACUGAAGAGAGAGAACCAGCUCAAGAUAUCUCUAGCAGAGCUUCAGUCUAUGGUCUCAGGACUGGAGACACAAUUAGAGGGACAGACAGCCAAUAUUGAGUCCCUUACGUCUACACUCAACACCAAAGAGGAAAUUAUCACUGAGCUCCACCUCCGUUUGUCUCAGCGAGGAAACCGUCGACCUCCUCUGACCCGUGAUCAAGCUUCCCAACCUGGUGAGACUGAAUCCAGUCUCUCUUCUCUCCCUCAGAGAGAGAGAACCAUCAUUGGAGGAGAUAGCCAACAGCAGAAUGUGGCAUCUCUGUCUGAUCUUGUGACUGAGCAGGCAGAGUUAAACCGCACUCUGAGAUCCGAGCAGCAUCUCUACUCCAACCUCAUCAGAGCUGUCAAAGAGCAUGACAGUGUUGGGAGGCUGCAGGCUUUACAGUUGGAGCUCACAGCUGUGUCGCUCCUCAGACAGCAGCUGGAGAGUGGCGUUCAGAUGAACACAGAGCUCAGAGAUCAGCUACAGAGGGAGAUCCAGAGAGUCAAUCAGAAAGAAGGUUCAAACCCUUCAGAGUUAGAGAGCAUGCGUGACGCACUGGAGGAAGCCCAGCGCUGGAACGUCUCUCUGCAAGCCCGACUGGGGCAGAUUCAGAACCGUGGAGGAGGGGUCGGGCAGGCCAACGAUUCCGUGGACACACUGAGUUUGAUUGGCGAGCAGACGUCCUACAUGAGUAUAUGUGUGGGGGAGGGGCCAGAGGAGGAGCUGCUGCACUUGACUAUAGAGCAACUCAGACUAAAGGUCUUAGAGCUACAGGCAGUAAAUGCCGAACUACAGAAGAGACUGAUUGAGAAAGGCAUUGUGGGUAAUGAUCCAAGAGACUCUCUGAAAGAGCCAGACCUCAUCAAUCUUUCAACUCCUACCAAGAUAUUAAAGCAAAUGCAGGAGGAGCAGCUGCCUGCCGCUAAAGCUGUCAUGAAACUAACGCCUCAAAAUACAACGGAGAGACAUGAUGAGGGAGAUCAUUCUCCAGAGGCUUGGGGUGAAAGUCAACAGCCACCACAGACUCAGAGAGAGCAAAGUACCCCAUCACCCAUGUCCAGACUCCUUAAGGAUGAAUCCAAAAAAGCAGAACUCCAAUCGCUCCUUCUAGACUUUGGGGCAGAAUCAGUCUCUCAGCUCAGGGUGGAAGUGGCCAAACUUCGCUCAGAAACAUCUGAACUCUGUGGACUCUCGAAGGAAGAAAACUCCAUUGAGUCUAAAGAAAGUGCAGAGAGUUCUGGAGAAAGCGAUCGGGAUGGCGACUUACGGAAUACUGUCAAGACACUCCGCUCAGAGGCCAGAGGUCACCGAAAGGUCAUCCGACUUCUUAAGGAGCAACUGCAGCAGAACUUGAUAUCGGAUACCGGAAGUCGAUUAGACCCAGAGGUGAUCGUCAGCAUGGCUAGUGAGAUAAAACGACAGCUAGAAGAAAGUGAAGAUUCACAGAGGCACGAUCACACACUGCUGAAAGAAAACAAGCAAAGAGAGAAGAAAGAAAUGGAAGAAAAAGAACAAAAAGUAAAACCGGGCAAAAACACUAUACCCAGCAAAAGUCAGAGGCAGCACAUGGCCAGACAUACAGCGUAUGUGAGAUCCCGUCUCCCGGUACUAGUGAGGCCUAGUAGGAGUUCUGGGCAGAGUUCUGAGGAUCUUUGUGAGGAGAUUUCACACCAAAUUCACCCCAGAUAUAGAGACCUGACUGGGGCGGAAGAGUCCGACUACAGCACCGACAGCAAGACGUCUUUGAGGUCUGCUCAGCACGAACAUCUGGAAUUAGACCAUGUUAAAGACUCCAGGCUGAGUCCUACUAUUAGAACUAAACAGAACACUGACAUCGGACAGAACACAGACCAGAAUCUAGAAUCUGAGCUCAUGGUGCAGUUAGAGCUGCUGAAUCAAGAAUGCCAGGAGAAGGAAGACCUUAUCUCUCGCCUACAGCAACAAGUCCAGGAGUGGGAGGAGCUUCAGGUGGAUCUACAAGAGAAAGACAGGCUCAACCGAGAAUACCUGGAGGCCCUGCAAGCGGCAGAGUCCACCAUUGCAUACCUCACCGCAUGCAGCCUGGACUCCGAGUGUGGUUUGGGUCAAACAGUAGAUGUAUCAUUGCAGCAACGGUGUGCAGAACUUCAGAAAGCUGUUGAGGAGAAAGACAGACUCAAUGCACAGCUCUUAGAGUGUUUGAACAAGGCAGAGUCUGCCAUUGCAUCACUCCGAGAUGUGGAUGAAACGAGUAGCCACACAGACCCAGCCCAUGUGGAGGUUGACCCACAGGUUCUCUGUGAGAGGCUUGAGGAGCUGGUUAGACAGGUAAGAUCCUCUCAGCAGUGUGAGGACGGUGUAAGCCCAGGUAAUUCUGACCUGCAACGGCAGAUGGAAUUAAUGCAGGAGUCACUGUUGCAGCAGUGCACACUGAAUGCAGAGCUGCAGGCGAAGCUCUGGACUGCAGAAGAAGCUGUUAAAAAGUUCAGCGUAUCGGUCAACGCCAAGCAAAACAGUGCCCCCACAGGUCUGGAGGUGAAACACACUACCCCAGACCCUCAGGAAGGAAAGGUCCAAUCAUGGCAACAGCAGCAAUUGACUGACUGUCUAUCUGAAUGCAUUAAAGCUGUCGAAGGGGCGGUCCAGUCUCUUGCAGAUCUUUGCUCAACUCAAAACAAAUUUCAGAAGAACUCGUCUAGUUCAGAGGUACAACAAUGGCUUGAUAAGCUACAGCAUGCGCUGCACAAUAGAGAGUCUCUAGAGGACCCAGCCUGUACCGAAAGACACCAACAAAAGACAAGCACGCCCAUUCAGCAAGGCGAAGAGAACCAAGAAAGUUCUAAACCAUUACGGCAACAAAAUAUCAUGGAAUCUGUGUCCUCGCACCAGAAGCUUCAUAAGAACCUUUUGAUGCUUCUUCAAAUCCAUAUUGAGCGUGCUCAGAAAUUGACCAAACUGGAAGAGGGGGUUAAAGGUGAUAUCAGUGAGCGUGGUGAAAGUGGAGGAGGUGGAGAUAUGCCUCAAAAUGAAUUCCUGCAGAAGGAUGCCCACAUUGAGAAAUUGCAGAAGGCCCUGAAGGACAGACAGAGAGCAUGUCGGAAAUUAGAGGAGAAACUGGCGAUAGCUCAAUCCGUCAUUGCUGUGCACAGCUCAAGCAAGGACAAACAAUCUGAUCCACGCAAAGCUCCCCCUGGUGAACUGGAUGAUAAAGGUGUGCAGGUGGAGGCGCAUGACCUCGGGUAUGAAACGAGUGGAAGAAGUGAGACGGAGAGAGAGGAGGGCAGUAGCACAGAUGUAGACGGUGUUUUGCGGUUGGUUCCUGCUCUGUCUCCUGUCCUCCAGGGGACGCAGCACAGAUUCUCUCCUGACACUACAGCAUCCAGCCCCUCGUAUCCCAGCUCUCCAAGCCUGAGCUCUCCUCGACCCUGCGACCCUAGCUCUGACCCUAAUGCUGACCCUGCUCUGCUCCGCCAGCACCUCCAGCAGCUCAGAUCACAGGUUGAAGAACAGCACAGAAUUAUCCAGCACCUCCAGCAACAACUGCGGGAAAAGUCUUUGUCAUCCGAGCACCUAAGUGUGACCUCUGACCGUGGAGGAUGUGAGGACGGAGAGAAUAUGAAGCUGAUGAAGGCUCAAUUCGCCCAGCUGAGCGCAGAGCUGGAGAAAGAGAGAACUAUGAACAGUAACAGCCAGUCAGGCUCUCCAUCCAGAUUUGAGUCUCUAGUCCAGUCUCAGGCCCGUGAGUUGUGUGAGCUGCGGGAACAGAUCCGUGUGUCUCGUGGUUUGGGCGUCAAACAGCGUAAACAGCUGCUGGAACUCAGAGGGGCCCUUGAGGAGUUGCUUCAGCCCAGCGAGAUGCACUCUGUUCAGGGUACACAACUCAUAGAGCAGCUGGACCACAGCCUGGGUCUACUGGAGAAACUAGAGCAAGUUUCAUCAGGAGGUGCUUGCAUGGAUGGUGAGGAGGGGAUGGCAUCAGAGAUGACACUCAGACUGUCUGCAGAACUGCAGGAGAAAGACCAGCUCAUUCAGUGCUUGCAAGAUCAACUGCGAAAGCAAGUUCCCAGAAUGCAGCAGUGCUCAGACUCUGAGAUGAGUGACAGGCUGUCCAGUGAUGGCACCUCCUCCUUCAACGGCAGCCCCUGUGCUGUCUACAGACAGACCCCCAGCAGAGUUCACACAGGGCUGACAGCGACCAAUGGUACUGCGUCUCCCGAUCUAAAAGAGGGGCUAGGACUCAAGGGCAUUGCUGUUGAAGGGGGCAUGUCAGACGGUGGUGAGGGGAGUGUCCAAAUGUUGCAGCGUGAAAACGGGCGGCUACAGGAGCAGCUGAGGAGCAGCGAGCAGCUGAACGCUACACUCCGUGGUGAACUGGACCUCACCCGCUCCAUCCUCAAACACAACACUCCAUCCAAAUCCUCACAGAACCAGACCACAGACAAACAGCCAGAGCAGCAGUACACCUCAGCCAGCAUGAGUAUCAACUCAGAUCUGUUGGCAGAACACUUGCUGGAGAUCCGAGCGUUGCGUCAGCGUCUUGAAGAGACGAUCAGAACCAACGAGAGACUCCGAGAACAAUUAGAGAGAAAAUUACAGGAAGCUGAGAAAGACCCAGCAGCCACCAACAUCUUCAUUGCUGGUUCUGAGGAUCAGGGUCAUAUCAGCAGUGAACUUCACUUCCUGUUGGCACAGAACCAUACACUCAAAGAGCAGCUAAACCAGGGAGCACGAGAUAAGCAGAAAGAGAAUGACCGGCUGAGAGAGACUCUGGCUAGAAGAACAGCUAAACUGGAGCUGAGCAGAAAAGAGUGUGAAACGCUGAAACAAGAGCGAACGCAGCUACAGGACAACAUGUACAGAUUGCAGUGUGAGAACUCCCAUCAGAGACAGCAGUUGUCAGACACUCAGCAGCUUCUCCAGUCUGUACGAGUGGAACUACAAGUACAGGAACACAUCAAGAACUCUGCGCACGCACACACAGGAGAGGGCCGUGCUUCUGGAUCUGGUUCUGCAGUGGAUCUGAGUGAGUUGUUGGCUGAGAUCAGACAGCUGCGUGUGCAGUUGGAGAGAAGCAUCCAGACCAACACAACACUGAGACAGAGACUGGAACAACAACUAUUGACCCGCACAGACCCCAAAUCAACCAUCAACAUCAACUACCUACUGUCUAACACAGAUGAGGCUGGUAAAUUAGAUGCUCUUUAUUCACAGAAAGACCUGUCUUGUGCUGUACAUGAUGGUGGUAGUUCAGCAGAUAGUGGGUCCCAGGCUCCAUCCCGGCUGGUACCGGGUCAUCGGCUCUGGGCGGACCGGCGUGGCCAUUAUGUUCUGGGUUUGAUAGAAGAUUAUAACGCCCUGCGCAAACAGAUCGGUGAAGCCAAAACACUCAAUGCAGACAUGGACACACACAUACAGGACUGCAACAGGGCUGUAGAUCAGUUCCAGCUGAAGCAGUUUUCCAGCAGUGUGAACACGAUGCAGCAGAUGCUGGAGGAGGCGGCACGACUUCUCAAACUGCUCUGGAGAGUCUCCCUGCCCUCAGGAGAUGGCACACACUAUCAACAGGAUGAGCUGUUGAAGAGUGAGAUCUCUCGUCUGAAGAGUCGUCUGACACAGCAGGAGAGAAUGCUGACCGGAGCUGUCAAACGCCUGAGAUCCACCAAUCAGCUGAAAGAGGGCAUGGAGCGCAUCAUCAUAGACCAGCUGUCUCUGACUCACGGUGUGCUGAAGAGAGCCAGAGGAAACCUGGAGUCUAACUAUCUGAAGGUUCUGCCGGUGGAAGGACGUCCCACUGAGUGGCCACUGAUCAAUGAGCCAACAGCUGCUCUAUCCAGGGGUGUGACCAGUCCACAGCGAAAUUCUGUAUUUCGUGAAGAACACAGUGAGAACGACUCGCACUUCAGCUGCUAGUGAUAUCAUCCCCUGAUUUGUCUUCUAAUUUAUUUUUCUCCUUUUAAGGUACGCUGAUGCAAUUCAGUACAAAUAAGUAUCAUUUAACAUAGCUGUAAAAGGGAAUUGUUUUAAUAUUUGCUAAAGAUUUUCUCCUGUAAAUAUUCAGAACUCAAAUUUUAUACCAUUUUUUUUCUUUGAAUGGUUUUAAACAGCUGUAUUACCCUGUCUAAAAUGUAAUGUUUUGAUGCAACUGAGUGGUACAUUAAAAGCUCUCAUGGGUAAAUAUGUC